CUUUGCAGCCACUUCUGCUACUCGUGUGGUGCUCUCGGGUUUAGACCCAUCCUUUGAGCGUGCGCUUUUACUUUUCUGCUUUCGUGAAGGUCCUCCAAGAUGGCAGCACCAUACUCGGUCGCCUUGCGCAGGACGAUCCACAACUCCGCGGGAAUCCUCCUGCGGUCGCAGUCGCAACGCCGGUACGCCCGAGUCCACGAUGUGCGCUUCGUCACGACGCACCGCGACUCGAGUCGGAUCCUGGACAGGUACAAGGACAAGCUGGAUCAGAAGGCCAAACAGGAAGGUCACGAAUCCAUUUCGUCUCUGAAGGAAGCCUACGCCGAAAAGAUCAAUGAGUAUAAACGUUCGGCAUCGAAGCCUCCUAUGGAGCAAUCUACGCCAACGCCUGCUCAGCCAGUGUUCCAGCAACAACCGCCGCCUGCCCCGACGCCGCAGCCGUCUGCUUCCUCUGCACAGAGUCAGAACCAAGCUUUGCCCGGGGCCCCCAAGUCCGCUGCUCCAGGCAUCAAGCCAUUAUCGUCAUACCUUGACCUGGAAAAGGUCUCGGCUCUAGCCAACAAAGAGGUGGAAUAUGUCUGGCGACUCCGCCACGCGAACGACCCUCUGUCCCUGUGUGCGGUUAUCCCUCUUGAGACGUACAACCGUAUCUACCGUACAGCCCGAACACACCCACAAUUUGUUCUUCCUCUUCCCCGACCGAUGGCCGAAGAUGGCAGUGGUGAUGUGAAACAGUCACCUCAAGGAUUCGAGGGCGGUGAACGAUCUGCGGCAGAUAUUCAUUUCCUACAAUGGGGAUUUCAUCCUCCGGCUGGUGCUUCUGCGAGCCCAGAAGUUGACACGUCGAACACUCAUACAAGUACGGUUCUCUUCACACAUUUGGCUGCUUUCAAAGUCCAUGGGGCAUACGCGCAGCCGCACACUACCGUCACGCACCACCUUGACCUAGCUGAUUCCCAUGGUCUUGUCUUGCUCACUGGUUCGGUGGUCGAGAAUCGAGGCGUCAGUGUCGAAGAGGGGAGAUGGCUGCUGAUGUGUCUGCAAAGAUUUUAUGACUACGAAGGUCAUGGCGGUGGUAUCGGCCGCGAGAAACGCCAGGGAUUACUGCAAAAGUUCAGCAACGGUGAUCAGGGUUUCAACCUAGAAGAAUUGGUGGAUGAAGCUGAAAGAAUAUCGUGAGAGCUGCCUCUUCAGCUCCAAAGCUCCUCUCGAUGAACAUCAGUGUCUCCUCUUGAGGGUUUGGUGUUUCGGCGGGAUGCUCUCAUGACUUCUUGGACAAGGAACUCCCAGAUGGCGUCGAAGUAGCCAGGUUCUGCCACGGUGGAAUUGUGGUCUCCAUUCGGGAAUUCUUUCCAGACCUUCUUCGUGGGACACGCCGCGUGCAACGACUUCAUCAUUGUAGGUGGUACGAUCUCGUCUUUCAGGCCUGAAAGAAACAGCACCGGGAUGUCUUUGUCCGUCACCUUGGUCAUGCUCUCCUCCGAGUUCCACCGCUGAUGGCACAGGGCUGCAAUGUAUUUUGCUGGUGGCAUGAUUGAGGGGAUGAGUUUGCGAAUGGAUAGGAACGUAUUCUCGAGAAUCACUGCAGCAAUAUCUCCGGCCUGCUCGUUUGAUUGCAACAGCUUGAUGGCUAAUGCACCACCCAAGCUUUGGCCAUACAAUACGAUACUCGUCUUCCUCAACUCUUCAUGGUUGCGGACAAAGUUCAAGGCUGUUUGACCGUCGAUGGUCAAGCCGUCUUCAUCUGGAGAGCCAGUCGAUAGACCAUAGCCUCGAUACUCGACCAUGAACACAUGGCAUCCCAGGCUCUCGGACAGUACCUUGCCUAUCGGUAAACGAUGGCCAACGUUUCCCGCAUUUCCAUGGAAUGUAACCAGCGUGACAUUGUUUUGAACAGGGGACUUGGGAGGUCGAAGGAGAUAGGCAUGGAGGGUCUCCCCAUCAGGAGUAGGGAACUUGAUCGACUCGGCCGAUGUGAUGUUGAAUUGGUCGGGUGUUGGGACGUUGGUUCUUGCACCCGCGGGGAGAUUUGCAGGAUAGAUUAUGUCGUUCUGUUUGAAAUAGAGUAGACUGCUACCUAGGGCUGCAAGGCUAGAUGAGACAAACAGAGGAAUUCGCAAGUAAGAGAAG